UUUCGACAAGCCAUAAAAAAGGAGGAAGGGGUCCGUUCGAACAUUCCUCCUAAACGGCCCCUGUUGGUGCAACCCUGCCCUAUCUCAACGAACCCAGAGACUAAAGAACAAUAUAUAGUUGUCUUAUUUCACAAAGAUAUCAUAUUGCUUUCAUAAGUAGACGAGCAAUUAGCGUCACAUGCAUCGCCAUGAAGACAGGGGAAAUCCUUGCUCUGUGCCUAUUGGCAUCUGCUUUGGGGACUUACGCCGACUCCUGCUCAGGUCGAUGUGGUAACAAUAACUCCAAUUAUGACUGUCAAUGUAACAGCGCAUGUGUGAGGUAUCAGGACUGUUGCCUAGAUUAUUUCAGCAGAUGCAAAGGAGCUGUUGGGCUUUCGGAGUCAGAACUGAGCUCCCUCGCACAAGAUCUUUGGAAUGCAGAUGUCAAUCGACUGAGUAGUUCUGAUUACGAUAUCAACGUACAAACGAAGAUCACAGACACAAACCUAAAACAGGACAAAAGUGGCAACAACUUCUUUGACUACGUAAAGACGUCUAACAUGGGAGGGACAUGGGACUCAUUCGAAAAACUCCUCGACAAUUACAUAAUGAAAACCGGAGAAACUGAAAAUAUUGUCACAUAUGAAAUGGAAAAUUUCAUGACCGACGUUAUGGGGACCGAAGUCAUGAAGAUAACCUAUGCACUUCUCAACAAAAAAGGGUACUUUGACAACGAGGGUGAUUUCAAGACGUACGUAGAGGGCGUAUGGUUCCAACUCUAUUCCAGAUCAAGCGGGCCGAUGGAUUCUUCUGCUUUUGAACACACCUUCGUCGGGGAGAUCAAGAAUGGGGCCGUCUCUGGUUUCCAUAACUGGUUCCAGUUUUACCUCUUGGAAAAGGAAGGAAAGGCGAAUUAUUAUGGAUAUGUCGAGCAAGCCAAUCCCGACCUGAUUCUAAUGCAAUUCAGUGUCAAAGAUGGCUCCAGCACCUAUGUGAAGACGUUGUCGUCACUCAUGCACGGUGUCAGUCCAGAGUUCGAGCUCGCUCUCUUCACCACUUGCUUCGUGUCUGAUCCGGGUUCUGCCUGCUCUUUCCAACUCGAGGGUAGUAGCGUGACCAUCCAAACAUGGGAUUACCAGGAUCGUAGUUUGAUCGGAUCCGCUUAUUUCAGCAUAUAAAUCUGCAAUAUACCUUAUGCAUUGACCUAUAUUAGCCUCUGAGGGAGCGCGUUGUGAGAUUAUGACUUCAAAUGCAUAAGGUCUAUGCGUGUUUUAGUUCGGGAUGUUCUCUCACGAUAUCGAUUAAAUAAUACAAUUAUAAUUUGGAUCAAUUAAUAAUAAAAGCAACCAUUUCUUUUUAUCGGAGGGGGGAGGACAGUAGGAUGUUACGGAGGGGGGGGGGGGCUUUACUGUAAAGCCCUUCUCACACUAUGCGAUCCGAAUUUCAAAUUAAUUGUGAUAACAUAUUUUGAUAUGGGUACUCCAACUAAUAAAAUAUUACUUAUCAGAGUUCAGAAUAGUAGUAUGACUACAGUCCUGAAAUCGAAAUUCGGUCCAGUUAGAGCCUCCCUGAAUGAAUAAAAACAAAUUCAAUUCUAAAUCGUAAUGACGUCAUCAUCGGUUGCAACUUGAAGCUGAUUUGGACUUUACUCCGACCAUAGUGCUUGCCGCAAAGUAAAAAUAUGAUUUUAGUUUUCCUAACAAUGUGCCAAACUUUAAAUGAAAUAAUUUUACUUUUUGGAACGUUCACAUUUAAUGCAAAAUGCGAUUUCUUGAAACAUCGCGUCGCACCGAAUCGCAUAGUGUGAGAUGGACUAAAAUCUGUUCUUAUGCAUCUUAACUCACUGUUAACUUGAACCGACUUCAAAAUGACCGAUAGUAUAUGCCGUUCGAAAGAGCCUAUAAAAGCGUUCACUGCGGCGUGGAAUCGGUUUACUUUGUGUAAUGUGACAUUAAGCCUAUGGCAUUAUGGGUUUAUUUCUCUUGCACAGUAAAACUAUUAUUUUUUGCAUACAACCCUAUUUACUACAUGAACUUCACAGUGCAGUUUAAUUUUCAUUAUAUCCUACAUAAAUUAAAUCCUGUGUGCUGAUUGGUCUAAAUACUCAUCAUGUGACCAAACACAUUCUUACUAUCAUGAAUAUUUUGCGAUGAUGUCGAAAAUGAAGCGCCCACCGAAGAAAAUGUGUUAUUCUGUGACGUCAAUGAUGGAAUAGUCGACUAUGCUUUACUAGUAAUGCCUGUCCAACAUCGGAAAAUAAUUCCCGCUAUACUUACUCAACGCCUGGUAUAUUUUGUAUAAUAUCCACUCUUCUUUAAGAUUUUGAACACUUGUCCAAACUUUUUAAACAACUUCUGUAAAAUUCAUAUAGUAUCAGACAGGGAUGUAUAAAAAAUUAAACCGCAUAAUUAAUUGAUGAGAAAUAAAAAUGAAAUGAGAAGUCCCGAUCUCUCGCUUA